GCUGAAUCACUCCCUUCUGCGUCGAUGAAGUUGGUUCAAAGAUGGCGGACUUCCUGCCAGCCCGGGCCGUUCUAACUGUAUGUUUCCCGAAUUGUCUGCUUAGCAGCCACGAGGCGGAACAACUGAGGAAGUCUAAGGAGAUCGACAAAUGUAUAUCCCGGGACAAAACCUACGUGAAACGGCUCGUCAAGAUUUUAUUGCUGGGCGCCGGCGAGAGCGGCAAGUCCACUUUCCUCAAACAAAUGCGUAUUAUUCACGGGCAGGACUUCGACCAGCGGGCCAAAGAGGAGUUCCGGGCUACUAUAUACAGCAAUGUGAUCAAAGGGGUUAGAGUCCUGGUAGAUGCCAGAGAGAAACUGCACAUCCCUUGGGGGGACCCUUCCAACCAGAUGCAUGGGGAAACUAUGAUGGCCUUUGAUACACGCUCCUCCAUGAUGGCAAAGGGCACAGUGGAGACAAAGGUCUUCUUGCAGUACCUUUCUUCCAUCCGGGCACUUUGGAAUGACAGUGGAAUCCAGAAUGCCUACGACAGACGACGGGAGUUCCAGCUGCACUCAGCCCCACCCGGCAGGCAAACAGCAUGCCCGUUGCUUAAUUGCUGCACUGAGCAACUAUGCUGCAGUACCAAGUACCACAUCGUUCUGUCUGAACAGCACAAGGCACUCAGUCUGCUGUGGAGCACCAGUGGUGAGUCUGUGAAAUAUUUUCUUGACAACGUGGAUAAACUAGGAGAGCCGGACUAUUUGCCCACACAGCAGGACAUCCUCUUGGCACGCAAGCCCACAAAGGGUAUCCAUGAGUAUGACUUUGAAAUCAAGAACGUGCCCUUCAAGAUGGUUGAUGUUGGUGGCCAAAGGUCUGAGCGUCGGCGGUGGUUUGAGUGCUUUGACAGUGUCACCUCCAUCCUCUUCCUCGUGUCAUCUAGCGAGUUUGACCAGGUGCUGAUGGAGGACCGGCAAACCAACCGCCUCAUGGAGUCCCUCAACAUCUUUGAGACCAUUGUCAACAACCGUGUCUUCAGCAACGUCUCAAUCAUCCUCUUCCUGAACAAGACAGACUUGCUGGAGGAGAAAGUCAAAAUCGUGUCCGUCAAAGACUAUUUCUCCGAGUUUGAAGGGGACCCUCACAACCUGGCAGAUGUGCAGAAAUUCCUGGUGGAGUGUUUCCGCAACAAGCGCCGGGAUCAGCAACAGAAGCCCCUUUACCACCACUUCACCACAGCCAUUAACACAGAGAACAUUCGGCUGGUUUUCCGCGAUGUCAAGGACACCAUCUUACAUGACAACCUCAAGCAGCUGAUGCUUCAGUGAUGUAUACUCUCAAGGACUUUAACUUCUAAUCCAUUUAAUUAUUAACCAUUUUGAUGAUAGAGGGAAUUUUAGGGGUUGAGUCAGCAAAAGUGAAUGGUUUUCAACAGUAGGGCCAAAAGUUAGAGACGAACAAGAUUGUGAACAGAACAUUAAAAUAUCAUCCGUGCCAGAAAGAAUUUGGGAAAUAACUUGCCUUAAAUUUUUUGUUUACUUUUUAUAUAUUGCUGUGCUUCCCUCCUCUACUGGAAUAACAGCACUGUUGAUGCUGUGAGAAGUCCAUUCUAAAAAUAACUAACAAAGUCGUGUCAUCAGAAUGAUCCUUAAUGGUCUUACUGAGCCUCUAUUACUGUUUAGCAAGAGCUGAAACAAUGCCUUCAGACAUUUUUAAUAGGAACCUCAUUCUGAGCCACUGACUCAAUACCUGUCUAGCCUUCUACUUAGUCCUUUGCAUAGUUUAUAUUUCAGGUUCUUUCUACUUCGUUAUGUGUUUAAAUUAUACUUCAGUGGUUUACACUUUACUGCCUUUUUAAUUUGUUACUUCUGAUGGACAUGGGUAUGACAGAAAAACACAAGGCUCACAGUAUAUUAGGGUGUACCCUUACAAACACAGACCACUUUGUAAUGUGUACUGUGGAAAAUUAUAGAAGGGCUACAGUAUUUGGAUUAAUCUCAGGGCUACAUGUAGACCACAUUUUGUAUAAAAAUGUUAGUUCUUAACAAAACUUCUCUCUGAAGUUUAGUAAUAUUGAUUAACAGGAUCUGUCCAUCAGUGGUAUAAAGUCUGUAUUACUGGCUGGUUAACUUUUUCUGGUUUUCAUUUUCUUUGAUUCUGACAUAUAUUACCUUUUAUACUCAUUUAUUUACCUGUCAGGGAAGAGAAGUAAGUUUUAUUCCUUGACUGAACUUAGCUGUAAACCCAGACCAAUGUUCUGUGUGGUCAGUUUUAACAAUACUAUCCUUGCACAAAACACCACUAUUUGCUAAUCAGUUACAUUUCUCUGCUUGUUUCCAUUGUAUACAAAAGGGAUAGAAGUUGCUCUAUGGACCUUGUAAAGAGAUUUAUAGAUAGUUGUACAAAUGUCUUUAAUGGUUUUGUUUCUGUGCCUAAUCAAAUGCAAUCAACCUUUUCUACUAAAAGAUAAUGUAACCAACACUUGUGUAACCUCUGGUAAUAUAUACAUUUUUCCCAAACAUUAAUACUAUAUUCAGCUGUUAAUUUCAGUUACUUUAACUUGAAUCGGUUGUCACCCCUUAUAAUAAUUACCUAGUAUGCAGUUUUAAGUCCACGUCAGGAUACAUUCUACUAGAUAUGCAUUCUUGCUCAGUUUUUCGGUUUAGAUGCUUGCAUAUCUUACUGUCUAGCCAGUGCUGUAAUUAAAUCAUCUUGUGAUUUGUAAGGGAAAAUAAACUCCCUUUUGACUGCACAGCUAAACUAUGUGCUCCUGCUCAUUUCAGAAUCUGGUUGUUCCUCUGAUGUCCUUGGUAUUAGAAAACUUGCUUUAAUUGUUGAAAGUCUGACAAUACUGAAAAGCACCUCAAAUUGUGUACUGACAAGCCUCUUGUUCAGCAUUUCACUACAGAAUUUUUCCUUUUUUCCCUUCCAAUAUGCUUGGAUGGGAGUUUUAUUCUUCCAUUUCCACCUCAGCCCCAGCUGACUGUAGGUAUAACUGCGAGCAACAUUGGGGAGAGCAUUACAGCCGUUUCACCCCCCUUUACAGCUGGGUAUUCACCUGGGAAUCUAUUGUGGCUGAUACUCAAACCCAGGUCCCUAGCAUUUGUUGUUUGACAGUUAAACUUAUCCUCCCUGCAGAUGUACUCAUUAAAGAAAUUCAUAAAAUGUUGUCACUGCUGAAAAUUACUUAACACCAUUUUUAGAUGUAUUCAUAAGUUUGUAUGUUGCAUGAUAAUCCAUGCUUUUGAAUGAUGUUUUUUGAAGUCUAGAUGGGACAGACACUGGAUAAAAAGCUUUUUUAGGCAGCCUGUUGAAAGUUAGUCAGACACAGAACUUGGCUAAAAUUGGUUAAAAUGCUGCACUGUCUGAUUUCCUAAAUAUAGAGAUGUUAUAUGAGCCCCUUUUACCCAUACAGUGGUUUUAAACUUUGCUUGUGGUUUAACAAGAGAAAGAGAUAUAUCUGUUUCCCAACAGUUGCAGGAAGUUCCUGUUGUUAUUCUCCUGUUAUACUCAGACAUCUUGUUCCCAUUUUUGUCUGUCAAUGAAUUUGGUUUUUUAAUCCGGCUUUCCAGUCGGGGUACCGUAUCGGUUGAUUUAUUGAAAUGAUUUGAAUUGUGUUGUUUGUCUAGGCAGUUGCCUGACUGACUGUACAGUGUUGUUGAUUGAGUGGUUAAGGGCUUGUAAUAUGUGCUUGUAUGUCCAAUGCUUGAAACUCAAUGAAAGCCAAAACCAACAGUGCUUCUGAUGGACACUCCUGCCAAUAGACCUAGUGCCUGUGGAUCCCCUUCGUUGUAUUGACUGAUAGGAUGCUUUCUUAUUUUAUAUUCAGACUUCUAACACUGUGUUAUAAACAAAUAGGAGCCUUCUGUUAUGAAGUCGUGUGAUUACUGACUGUCAGUCUCAUGGGGUUAGUAAGAUUAAAGAAAAAGUUAUCCACAGACGUAACUGUGUGUAUAAACAUUUGUCUCGCUAAUGCAUUGCAUUUAAAAAAAAAUAUGCAGGUUGGAUUGUAAAUGGUUCCAAUUUAAAAAACUGUUUUAUCACUGUAUCAAAGGACUCUUGGUUUUUCCUUCCUAAAUCCCCUUCUGUGAAAACCUCCUUCGAUCUGUCAACCCUUUGAAAGUAUGACUCCUGUGAUACCAUGACAAGAAAAUGCAAGUACAGUUUAUUCAGGUGAUUUGUCUGUUACACACCUUGUUUUGGCUUAUUUGUGUAUGUAGACUUUUACCUUAAAUAGGUACUACUUAUGGUCUUCAUAUUAAAUGAAAACUUCACUUUGUAAUGAUGGAUGUGCCAAUAACCAGGUUUCUGAAGUCUAAGAUUUGCCUUUUAUUUGUAUCUGAAGAGUCAUGGUCACUCUCCGUGUGUGCACUGUUAGCCCUGUUUUGAUGCAGCGCUGAAUUUUUUCUACUUAAAACGGUGUCUCUUUCUAGACAUGCCUUUUCAAAUAUGUCCAGUAAAGAGGGGGGGUUACAAAAAUGUGUAUGGAAGAUUUUGGUUGAAUACUGCCAUGGUAUAAGGGUGUUCUACUCAUAUUCUACGUGAGUUGCCUUAUCUUUGAAGCCAGUUUUUCACUAAUUCUGAACACCGGUGGUGAUCACCUUUCUUGUAAAUUUGCUGAACUACUCUGCUGUCAAUGCUCCUUUCAAAUCUUUCAAUAAAAAACACUCUGUUUAGAUGUG